GCAGCGCUGACUCCCGCCAGGCUAGCUGCAGUUUGGACUAUGAGACCUGGCCGCUCCCCGCCCCCCCCGGCCCUUGGACCCGGCUAAAGUCCCGCUGGCCGCAGACGGGUGCAGCGGCUGCAGCCCAGGAACGGCGCAAAGCGGCCGAGGCGCCGACGGCCGCUCACCCCCGGACUCCCCGCCGCGCGGCCUGUGCACCUGCGCGCGGGCAGCGGCCGUUGCAGAGGGAGGAAGCGCCGCGAGCGGCCCCGCCCCGCCUGGCCGAGGGAGGAUGGCGGAACAAGGCGCCGAGAACCUGUCGGUGGUGGUACAUCGCGCCGGGGACCUGCGCCUGGAAAAUCGCUCGGUCCCAGAACCAGGUCCCAAUGGUUAACAAGAUCUGGGAACAAUAACAACUUAUGAAAGACACAAUCCUGAGGGUCCUAUUGAGAAAUGAUGCAUAAGGUCUGGAAAAUUAGUUCUCUUCCUUUAGACCUACCUGCAUCCACUCUGCUGAAGUAGGUGCUGCUGAGGAUGCAUUCGGUCGGGAUCUGUGGGUCUGAUGUCCACUAUUGGCAGAAUGGUAGAAUUGGGGACUUUAUCAUAAAGAAGCCCAUAGUGCUAGGGCAUGAGGCAUCCGGAACCGUCAUCAAAGUGGGGUCAUCAGUAACCCAUCUGAAGCCAGGCGAUCGAGUGGCCAUUGAGCCUGGUGCUCCGCGAGACAUCGAUGAAUUCUGCAAAAUCGGACGCUACAAUCUGUCUCCGACUAUCUUCUUCUGUGCGACACCUCCCGAUGAUGGAAACCUGUGCCGAUAUUAUGCACACAAUGCCAGCUUUUGCUACAAGCUUCCAGAUAACGUCACCUUUGAAGAAGGGGCCCUCAUUGAACCACUUUCUGUGGGAAUCCAUGCCUGCCGAAGAGGCGGAGUCACUCUGGGAUCCAAAGUCUUAAUCUGUGGGGCUGGACCCAUUGGGCUAGUUUGCUUGCUCGUAGCCAAGAUGAUGGGUGCUGCCCAGGUAGUAAUCACUGAUUUAUCCGCCUCCCGCCUGGAAAAAGCCAAAGAGAUUGGGGCAGAUUUCACCAUUCAGAUAAAGAAAGAAACCCCAAAGGACAUGGCCUGCAUGGUGCAAGGUUUGCUUAACUGCAUGCCUGACAUAACCAUGGAGUGCUCCGGGGCAGAGGCCAGCAUCCAAACUGGCAUUUACGCCACUCGCUCGGGCGGGACCCUGGUUCUGGUGGGGCUGGGACCAGAGAUGGUCCAUGUCCCCAUCGUGAAUGCUGCUGUGCGGGAGGUGGAUAUCAAGGGGAUAUUUCGCUACUGCAAUACGUGGCCCAUGGCGAUUUCUAUGCUUGCAUCCAAGAGAGUGGACAUCAAGCCUUUGGUUACACACCGCUUCCCUUUGGAAAAAGCGCUGGAGGCCUUUGAGACAACCAAGAAGGGUUUGGGGGUGAAAGUUAUGCUAAAGUGUGACCCCAGUGACCAGAAUCCCUGAAGCAUGGCACUGCACUCCUCCCCUAUUAUACUGCCUGGCUUAAAGACGACGAAUGGGCUCUAUAGUGAGAUGGGAACUGUAAUCAUAAGUUUAUAAGUAGUAUGUAGUGUUUGGGGAAUAAAGUUACGAUCACCUGUU